UUAUCCUUCGCAUCGCGAUCUUGGACGGUUGCUCAGUUGGCAUUCUCUCGUGGAUGUGGAAGAACGUGUUCAAGAAGCGGAUGUCGAAGGGAGCCGCCGACGCUGUUGCGACACCAACGGCCAUAAACCAAGGGAAGGAGCAUGCAGAGGUAUCGGUAGAUGUGGAGAAACCAGUGCAAGCUGCAGACUCGACGAUGACACCGCGGCACGACGACGUGUCUCCUGAGAGCUGCGACGACGACGGGCUUUAUGUCGUCGCCAACUUCACGGGACUCAUGGUAUUGCAAGGCGCGACGGAGAAACGACAAAUUCGAUACGUGAUGGAGAUCGUGUGUCCCUCCACCCGACAGAAAUGCGAAUGUGUCAAGCGCUUCGACCAGUUCAUCGACCUCCGCCACCGUGUUAUGGACACCCUCAAGCAAUGCCGCAGCAAAACAUGCUCCAAAUGUGUGGGCAUCGCGGCUGUCAUCCACGCGCAGCCGUUUCCUGGACGCCACCUCUUUACCACACUGCAUCAUGUCCGAGACCGCGCACUCCCCCUGGAAGCGUUCUUGCAGUGUAUUUUGGACAGCGCUUUCACGUGGAAAGGAUGCAAGCGAGCCAGGCACGCGUUCAGCCAGGUCGUGGGUCAGUUCGUGGGCGUGCCAGUCGACUGCAUGGUUUCGAAUCGGUCGAACGGCGAUCGACCGCCGCCGUUGGACUUCCGCAAGUCCAUUCGCCAUCUCAUGGUGGAGCGCCAAGAAUCUGUCGGUGGCGGUACUAUUGUAGGUACAAGCGACGUAUCGUCGUCGUCGCCCAUCAUGCCUGAGGUUGUGAGUGUCGCCGCCUCGUUUCCAGAAGACAUGGAGGACGACAACGAGCAGAAAGAGGACGAAGGGCGCCCCGACACCAUCGAGCCAGCUACGCCAAUCAUCUCCACAGAUGAACCUGUCAAGGACACUGCCGACGACGAAAGCGAUGACCGCAUCGAACGUUCCUAAUACUAUUAAUACUAACGUUACACCAGUUUUUCUCUCAA